AUGGAGGCUUCAUCACCAUUGGCGGCCAUGCACCGUCCCAUGGCAGUUCCUUCUUGGGGAAAUAAGGAUCUUUUCCGCCCUCGCCCCAACACCUUCGCCGGUGCCGUACCCAUCAGUCUGCGCGAACACCUUCACAGGCCCGACAACUAUUUCAACGUCAAGGACGUUCACGGUUCCUCGCCUGCUGCUAGCUUGGCCGCCGACCUCUCACAAAACUUCCGUCUGGACACCGAGGCGAGUCCCAAGUUCCCCACACCUCGUCGUGCCUUGUUCACAUCAAACAUGAUGGGUGAUGCGGAUUCCUACGAAUACGUGACUACGCCUCCUCUGCCCGAAUCGUCACCUGCCCACGAUUUGAUGGAUGUCUCGCCGUUGCCGCACAAGCUCCCGUUCAUGACCCAGAUCGCGAUAACGUCACCGACCCCGGGAUCAACCCCAACCGGCGAGGACGACGAGAUGAUGUUGGAUUCGCCCGCCCCCAUUCCUCGGCAGGCGUCGUUGGAGCCACCCAAGCCACUGGUAGCCGAACGGAGAAAGCCAGCUUUGCGCCGGCCUUCCUUGACUCGGAUGAAAGGCUACUCGACUAGUGGCGUUCCCGGCCGUUCCAACACAGACACCCAACUCCCCACUUUCCGAUUUGGUGAGAAUCGCUUGACGCAUAUGAACAGCGCAAUGUCCCUGGGAGAAUGCUUCGAUGCUACAUCACCUCCUCAAGAACGACGACCUCAGACUGCGAAUAGCCCUACUCCUGCCGUGUCUGGUGCCGUUCGUCCUCGUCCUCAAUUCUCCAGCCUCUCUGGUAACCGCAACAGCCCUUUUGGCAACGGUCACAGCCGUCGCCCUUCAAAUCCCUUCAUGCGUCCCCGCAAGCAAUUCCGCCGCUCUUUGAGCAUGUUUGAGCAUCCUGGCGAUGUCGCCAAGGCAAAGUCAGAAGGCGGCGACUCCUCGCCCACCACCCCGGAGUCUGUUACCGGCAUGGAUGCCGAUGAUGUUCAGGAGCCCAUCCUGCCUCACUUCCUCGCCGAUGACCCCACGGACACCAUUCCCCGGAUAACAAAGGCCACCAUGAUUGAUCUCUUGGACGGAAAGUACAGUGACAAGUUCGACCAGAAGAUGAUCAUUGACUGCCGUUUUGAGUACGAGUACGAAGGAGGACACAUUGACGGAGCUGUCAACUACAACAGCAAGGACCUCCUCGCCUCCCAAUUGAUCCAACACCCCAUGCAAGGAAGAACAAUCCUCAUCUUCCACUGCGAAUACUCGGCGCACCGCGCCCCCAUGAUGGCUCGCCAUAUCCGCUCCGAGGACAGGACUGUCAACGCCGAGCACUACCCGCGACUCACAUACCCUGACGUGUAUAUUCUUGAAGGAGGAUACAGCGGCUUCUACGCCGAGCACCGUUGCCGUUGCUAUCCCCAAAACUACGUGGAAAUGUCGGAUGAGGCUCAUCAGCGCACUUGCGAACGCGAACUUGGCCGCCUCAAGAACCCUCGCAAGGGCUUCGGCAGAGCGCAAACGUUUGCCUUUGGCUCGCGCGACUCUUGCGUGGACCAAUCACCCACAGCCCCCGCGCGCCCCAGUGGCCUCAGACCCAGCAUCAGCUUUCGACAAGAUCCCAUCGCCAUGAUUGGCAACUCUCCAAUCCUCGGCGAACGAUGCCAUGCACGACGCAUGGCGUCCUACUAG